CGACCAACUUUUGAUUAUUUAUACAAAUUUUAUUCCUUCACUGGAAUUGAACCAUGGCUACUUCCAACAACGAGUGGCUCCAAAUUUACCAAAAUAACCUCACCGGAACCGCUCAACCCACGGUGGUGCGGUGGUCAGGUGAUGUUAUCACCGAAGCCACAACAGUCACCACCGCUAGUACUGCCUCUAGUCAUCUCACCCGUGUAACACGGCCCAUCAACCCCCGUCGGCGGUCCAGGGCCUCAAGGAGGACGCCGGUCACCUUACUCAAUACUGACACCACCAACUUUCGUGCCAUGGUCCAACAGUUCACAGGUAUAGGAGGCGGCGGCGGCGGUGGUGGUUCUACGUCAUUUCCGGCAGUUCCUACUACUGUUUCUCCUAGUCAGUCUCUGACCAGUUACAACACUAAUUCAUCCGGUUUUAAUCAUUAUUCUGCUGCUGCUGGUGGUUAUGACUUGGAGUUCCGGCAAUCACUGCCACAGCAGCAGCGGUAUUACACAAUGGCGGCGGAGAACGGCGGAGCUGCUAGUGAUGGUGAUAAUCAACAUGGCUUCUUUCAGAGACUUCUUGAAGAGGGUAUGGGAGGGUCUAAUAAGGCUGCAAACUUUUACUGAGAGAAUAACGAUGGUGGCAAGAACAAUACUUGCAUGUUUAGAAACCCUCGUGAAAAACAUAUAUAUAUAUAUAUAUAUAUAUAUAUAUUAGGGUUCUUUUUUUCCUGAAAUGCUCUUACAGAAAUCUGUUUUUUAAUUGUAAUUUAACGGUUGAAAUCUAUGUACAUAAUGGUUUUCUGUUACAGGGU